AUGGCGGCGACACAGAUGACGACGAUGAGCCGGCCAGAUCAGGUGAUCUUUCAGGAGGCGGCGGCGAAGGCGACGGAGGACGACAUCAUGAGGGGCCGCGGGCGGGUGGACGCCGCCUUCGACGCCGGGAAACCGCCGCCGUUCCGCAUCGGCGAUGUGCGCGCGGCGGUGCCGGAGCACUGCUGGCGCAAGAGCUCUGGCGGUCGCUGUGGUACGUGGCGCGCGACGUGGCGGUGGUGGCGGCGCUGGGCGCGGCGGUGGCGGGCGUGGAUAGCUGGGCGGUGUGGCCGUUCUACUGGGCGGCGCAGGGGACCAUGUUCUGGGCGCUCUUCGUCCUGGGGCACGACUGGUACGCCGUUCCGUCCUCCUGGCGGGGACCACCACUCAUCGUCUGUUUCUUUUCUUGGUUGCGAUGGUCACGGGAGUUUCUCGGACAGCGCGACGCUCAACAGUGUGGUGGGGCAUCUCCUUCACUCCUUCAUUCUCGUCCCCUACCAUGGGUGGAGGAUCAGCCACAGAACACACCAUCAGAACCACGGCCACAUCCACAGGGACGAGUCAUGGCACCCGAUCACGGAGGGGCUGUACCGGCAACUGGAGCCACGCACCAAGAAGCUAAGAUUCACGGUCCCCUUCCCGCUGCUCGCAUUCCCCGUCUAUCUCUUGUACAGGAGCCCCGGCAAGACGGGCUCCCACUUUCUUCCCAGCAGCAAGCUGUUCAGCCCCAAGGAGAAGGGCGACGUCAUGCUCUCAACCACCUGCUGGUGCAUCAUGCUCGCCUCCCUCCUCGCCAUGGCGUGCGCAUUCGGCCCACUCCAGGUGCUCAAGAUGUACGGCAUCCCAUACCUUGUGUUUGUGAUGUGGCUUGACUUGGUGACGUACCUGCACCACCAUGGCCACCAGGAGCGCCUCCCCUGGUACCGUGGCGAGGAGUGGAGCUACCUGCGCGGCGGGCUCACGACGGUGGACAGGGACUACGGCUGGAUCAACAACAUCCACCACGACAUCGGCACCCAUGUCAUCCACCACCUCUUCCCGCAGAUCCCGCACUACCAUCUUGUCGAAGCUACCAAGGCAGCCAAGCCAGUGCUGGGGCGAUACUACCGGGAGCCGCAGAAGUCAGGGCCGCUGCCACUCCACCUCCUUGGCGUGCUACUCAGGAGCCUCAGAGUCGACCACUUCGUCAGCGACCAUGGGGAUGUUGUCUACUACCAAACUGACCAUGACUUGAACACUACUGCUGCUCACGGCUGGGCCGCCCAAAACCAUCAUAAGCAAAAAUGA